CCUGGUCUCCCCGUGGUAACAGGUUUUCUGCAUUUGGGUGGCCUUCGGACUGCUCUGUACAAUUAUAUUUUUGCCAAAAACCACCAAGGGACCUUUAUUUUGAGGGUGGAGGAUACGGAUCAAAAUCGAGUGGUGCCUGGAGCUGCAGAAGGAAUAGAAGAUAUGCUGGAUUGGGCAGGUAUUCCCCCUGAUGAGAGUCCUCGCCGCGGUGGUUCCUUUGGACCCUACCAGCAGUCACACAGACUUGACCUUUACAGGAGAGCCACCCACGUGCUUUUGGAGAGAGGCGCGGCGUACCGCUGCUUUUGUACCCCUCAGCGCCUGCAAUUGCUGAAGAAGGAGGCUUUGCGGAGCCAGCAGACCCCGCGGUAUGACAACCGGUGUCGGCACCUGACGCCCACAGAAGUGUCUGAGAAGCUGUCACAGGGCCUUGACUGGGUAGUCCGCUUCCGGCUGGAGAAGGGGGUUGAACCCUUUCGGGACCUGGUCUAUGGCUGGAGCAAGCAUGAAGUGGCUGACGUGGAAGGCGACCCAGUGAUUCUCAAGGGGGACGGCUUCCCCACUUACCACCUGGCAAACGUGGUGGAUGACCAUUACAUGGGCAUCAGCCACGUUCUGCGGGGAACUGAGUGGCUUACUUCAACGUCCAAGCACCUCCUUCUCUACAAAGCCUUUGGCUGGGAUCCCCCUCAGUUUGGUCACCUCCCGCUGCUUCUGAACAAAGACGGUGGCAAGCUGUCGAAAAGGCAGGGGGACAUCUUUCUGGAGCGUUUUGCUCGGGAUGGCUACUUGCCAGAGGCUCUGCUGGACAUCAUAACCAACUGUGGCUCUGGAUUCGCAGAGAAACAGAUGGGGAGGACUUUGGAGGAGCUGAUCUCACAGUUUGAAAUAGGCAGAAUUACAACCCAUUCUGCCCUCCUGGAUCUUGAAAAACUCCCAGAAUUCAACAGGAUUCACCUCGCCCGUCAUAUUGAGAAUGAAGGGCUGCGACAGAAGCUAAUUAGAGAGUUGCAGUUGUUGGUGGAGCACGUCUAUGGGGAUCAACAAGUGGAUCAAGAGGUUCUAGAAAAGGAGUAUGUGGAGCGAGUCCUCCUGCUGAGAAAAGGUCACAUAAGCCUCCUGAAGAACCUGGUGUCCUCUGAUUAUUCUUACUUAUGGGUUAGGCCCUCGGUAUCCCGAGAGCAGCUACAAACUAUUUCUGGAGAAGUAGAUGAAAUAGGAAAACUAGUCUUAGGGCUCAUGACAAGGCAGGCAGCUGUUUUGACUGUGGAGGAGUUGAACAAAGAUCUGAGAAGCCUCCAGAAACAAACCAAAGAGACUAAGUACAGCAGCGUGAUGAAGCUCCUUCGCUUGGCUCUCAGUGGGCAGCAGCAUGGACCGAGUGUUGCUGAGAUGAUGGUGACUUUGGGACCCAAAGAAGUGUGUGGAAGAAUACGCAAAGCACUAUCUAGCUAAUACGAGACAGAAACGACGCCGACAGCCAGCCCGUGGACUCAGAUGGUGUAGGCAGCACGUGUCAUUGUCCUAGACCUGUAUUUUUUGAUCUCGGCGUGAUUAGCCUUGAUCAGAUGAGCUGGGCUUUAGACCAGGCAGGUGUCACCAUGAUGUUUCCAGGUCUGUAUGUAUCUGCACCAAGCAUAAGGCAGUUUGUCUGGGAGAGGAACCGAAUACAGAUUUAGGUCUGUCCUUCUGCUUUCAUCUCGUGCAAAUAGCCUGGUUUCCAGGUUGGGAGAAAGAGACUUGUAUCAGCAUUUAAAUUCAGACCAUGUGGACAGAGUGUAAUGCUAUUUCUGAUACCAGCACAGCUUGUGUCCAAGCAAUCGGGUCUCUUUUUGGAGAGGGCCUCGCAAUCAGGGUACCUACAGCUACAACUACACAGGUCCCCAAGAAAUACCAUGAGGAGGGUAUUUUCACAUAUAUAUAUAUAUAUAAAAAAUAUGUGUAUAUUAUAGCUGCUGCCCUCUUAUCUGCCCGGUGCCCUGCCAGGCCGAGCUGCUCGGAGAGGGGGACUCUCCUCCCUCUAUAACUGUGUCACGCGUGUGGUUCUGCUAAAAAUAUCCCUGACCAGGAG